AUGAGGGCCGCCUGGUGGGCCGGAUGGGCACCCGCCCGAGUGGCACUUGUGUGCGCAGUGGUGGUGGAGCUCGUCACAGCGGAAAAUCCAAUGCCUAUGUCUGCUGUGCCCAUCUACACUAUCUCCACAAGGGCAGUCGACGUUGGGGCGGAGCGCCAGUGGUCGAUUGUGCUGGCGGACGAUGCUACAGAUGAGGAGUUGCGCGGCAUAAGCCAGGAGUUCAGCAACGGGCAGCGGAGCCAUCCAGGCAAAGGUGAGAUGCCGUUUGUGGCGGGGAGCGCGACGGAAACAGCCCUCAAUGCGCUACUGGCGAAGUACACGGGUCGUGUCAGGUUUGUACAAGAGGACCAGUUCCUAAAAAGGGUCCCAGACAUGAAGCCGUUCGUGGCAGACGAGCUACCACUGGAGCGGCAGACCUACCCAUGGGGUAUCCAGUACGUCGAAGCGGACGUGGUCCGAGGGCGAGGUGCGGGGGUACAUGUGUACGUGCUGGACACUGGCAUUCGCAUAACCCACAACGAGUUCGGCGGCCGGGCUUUCGCUGGAGUGGACGUGGCCGCCUCAGGAGCGUACCCUGGCUACGUGACGCUGUGCUCGCCCCUCAGCACGGCGUGCGCUGCUGACGCCCAGGGGCACGGCACCCACUGCGCGGGCACGGUGGGAGCUUCGACAUACGGCGUCGCGGACGGCGCGACGGUCUGGGCCAUGAAGGUCUUGGAUGAUGAGGGCUCCGGCUGGAGCACAUGGUCCAUUCUAGCCGAGCAGUGGAUCUUGUCGUCUGGGAACAGGCCCGCGGUGGUCAGCAUGAGUCUCGGGGGCGCCGGCACGAGCGCCUCGGAGCAGACCUCGAUAGACGCGUUGGUGGCCGAUGGCGUGACCGUGGUGGUGGCUGCAGGGAACUCGAACCAGGAUGCGUGCGGCUUCAAUCCCGCAGGCAUUCCGUCGGCAAUCACGGUAGCAGCUUUUGGUGGGUCUUGGGGGGACUCAUGGGACCGAUCUUCGUACAGCAAUUGGGGCUCUUGCGUCGAUGUCUAUGCUCCAGGCACGGGGGUCCUCUCGACGGGGCCACUCAGCGACACCCACACUUGGUACGCCACCGGCACGUCCAUGGCUUGCCCACACGUAUCGGGGCUCGCUGCGAGGAUGUACGAGGCGCAUCCAACGGCUGGGUCUAUGACUACUGCAGAGAGGUGGGAUCUCCUGACUGCCAAAACAUGCAUCGGCUGUAUCACGAAUGGCGCGACCUCUUCACCCACUGUCAACUUGGUGAUCCUAGCACCAACUGCUGCGCCUCCAGCAUCACCGACUGCUUCGCCAACACCAGCCACUGCACCGACCGUGCCGCCACUGACGCCCGCGCCGGUCUGCGGCGAAAAGGGCACCGACUACACUCUGUGGGAAACGCGACGUGGCGAGCGCAUCGUGGGUGGGCAAGACGCCACGCCGUGCGAGUGGAAGUGGCAGGUUUCCCUCUCGUCGUCUUCUUACGGGCACUUCUGUGGAGGAACACUCGUCGCCUCGAACUGGGUCCUGACUGCUGCCCAUUGUGUUGGAUGGUCGUUCUCCAUCGUGGCGGGCAGCUUCAGCAAGUCCACAACAGAUGCGGCCGAGGUGGUCCUGCAGGUGAAGGAAGUGUUUUCGCAUCCAGACUAUGACAGCUCGACGAUGCGAUACGAUUUUGCCCUGGUGGAGUUGGUCGAUGGCGCACCCUUGAAUGAGUGCAUCGGGGUAGCAUGCUUGCCCAAUGAGAAUGUCGCUGACGGCGCGGAGUGCUUCAUCACCGGGUGGGGGACCCUCUCCUCUGGAGGGCCCUCCCCUGACUCCAUGCAGGAAGCGCAGGUGAGCAUCCUCAGCAACUUGGACUGCGGUGCUGCCCAUGGCAGUGCGGCGAUCACAGAUGACAUGCUUUGCGCGCAGGGCGUCAACAGCGCCGGGGACGUCACCGACGCCUGCCAGGGAGACAGUGGUGGGCCGCUCGUCUGUGCGUCUGGCGGCGCUUCCUACGUCUUGCACGGAGCCACAUCGUGGGGCUACGGGUGCGCCAUGGAGCAGUACCCCGGAGUCUGGUCUCGGGUCAGCUACGUACGUGACUGGAUUGACGAGUUGCUGGGGAUGUCUAGCUCCCCCGCGCCAGCACCCCUGCCAACUCCGGCAUCCCCUCCAACGCCCGCUCCCCAGCACAUGUGGGCGGCCGUUGUCGGCCAGUGCUCGCUGGUCGGCAACUGUGUGCAGAGCGGGAACUAUCCGCAGAACUAUGGUGCCAACCAGAAGUGCACGGUUGAGAUCGACGAGGCGAACACGGCACCGAUCGUUGUUGAAAGUUUCGAUGUGGAGUCGUAUUUCGAUUACCUUACAGUCAAUGGAGUUGCGUUUUCGCACACUUCUGGACCAGAUGGUGUCACCCCGACGGGGAGCAUGGUGUGGACAUCCGACUUCAGUGUGCAGAAGGGCGGGUGGAGGUUGUGCUCGCCUGCACCGCCACCAACGACGACAUUGCCGCAGACGCCAGCGCCGACAGCUGCACAGACAGCCGCGCCAACAGCAGCACCGACGACAUCCCCGACUGCUACGCCGACCUCAUCACCCACUGCUUCCCCCACAGUGGCAUCAACAGUAGAGCCGACUGCGGCACCAACGAUUGCACCGAGCUCUGCACCGACAGCAGCACCGAGUUCUGCACCGACAGCAGCACCCACCGCUUCCCCAACACCAGUACCGACGCUGCUGCCGACCGAGGCACCAACUGCUGCGCCGACUGCACCACCAACGAGUGCGCCGACAGCUGCACCAUCUUCCGCUCCGACUGCAGCACCGACCGCACACCUGACCACUGCACCGACUAUUGCGCCGACCGAAUCACCGACCGCUUCCCCAACAGCGUCACCAACAGCUGUGCCGACUACGGCACCAACGAUUGCACCAACUGCUCCGUCCCCGACGCCAGCGCCCGCUCCCCAGCACAUGUGGGCGGCCGUUGUCGGCCAGUGCUCGCUGGACGGCAACUGUGUGCAGAGCGCGAACUAUCCGCAGAACUAUGGUGCCAACCAGAAGUGCACGGUUGAGAUCGACGAGUCGAACACGGCACCGAUCAUUGUUGAACGUUUCGAUGUGGAGUCGUAUUUCGAUUACCUUACAGUCAACGGAGUUGCGUUUUCGCACACUUCGGGUCCCGAUGGUGUCACACCGACGGGGAACAUGGUGUGGACAUCCGACUUCAGUGUGCAGAAGGGCGGGUGGAGGUUGUGCUCGCCUGCACCGCCACCAACGACGACAUUGCCGCAGACGCCAGCGCCGACAGCUGCACAGACAGCCGCGCCAACAGCAGCACCGACGACAUCCCCGACUGCUACGCCGACCUCAUCACCCACUGCUUCCCCCACAGUGGCAUCAACAGUAGAGCCGACUGCGGCACCAACGAUUGCACCGAGCUCUGCACCGACAGCAGCACCGAGUUCUGCACCGACAGCAGCACCCACCGCUUCACCAUUUGCCGCUCCGACUGCAGCACCGACCUCGCAAUUGACCACUGCGCCGACCGAAUCUCCGACAGUUUCCCCAACAGCGUCACCAACAGCUGUGCCGACUACGGCACCAACGGCUGCACCAACUGCUCCGUCCCCGACGCCAACGCCCGCUCCCCAGCACAUGUGGGCGGCCGUUGUCGGCCAGUGCACGCUGGAUGGCAACUGUGUGCAGAGCGCGAACUAUCCGCAGAACUACGGUGCCAACCAGAAGUGCACGGUUGAGAUCGACGAGGCGAACGCAGCGCCGAUCGUCGUUGAGAGUUUCGAUGUGGAGUCGUACUUCGAUUACCUCGUCGUUAACGGAGAGACGUUUUCUGGAACGUCGGGCCCAGAUAGUGUCACACCGACGGGGAGCAUGGUGUGGACAUCCGACUUCAGUGUGCAGAAGGGCGGGUGGAAGUUGUGCAUGCCAACCCCAGCAGUUUCACCGACAGUUUCACCGACGACUGCACCAACUGCUGCGGCGACGGCAUCACCGACCGCUUCUCCAACAGCGGCACCGAUAAUUGCCCCGACUGCGGCACCAACGACGGCGACUAUCCCUCCAACGCCCGCUCCCCAGCACAUGUGGGCGGCCGUCGUCGGCCAGUGCACGCUGGACGGCAACUGUGUGCAGAGCGCGAACUAUCCGCAGAACUACGGUGCGAACCAGAAGUGCACGGUUGAGAUCGACGAGGCGAUCGCAGCGCCGAUCGUCGUUGAGAGCUUCGAUGUGGAGUCGUACUUCGAUUACCUCGUCGUCGACAGAGAGACGUUCUCUGGAACUUCGGGUCCCGAUGGUGUCACCCCGACGGGAAGCAUGGUGUGGUCGUCCGACUUCAGUGUGCAGAGAGGUGGGUGGAGAUUGUGCAUGCCGGCGCCAGCUGCGGCAAGACGCCCUCGGCAGCUCCUGGAGGAGGCCACGGGGUCUGACGGGCCUGCUUCGGCGCUGGCGGCGGCACCGGGCACCCUUCGAGGCGUGGGCGUCCGGUCGGGCGGGCCGGCGCCGCUCGCCGAGCCCGCUGGGGCCGAGGCGCACGCGGGCACCGAGUCGAGCAGCAUGGAGCUCGGUGUUGUUGCCGUGGCCGCUGGCGGGUCCCUGUUGGCCCUGUGCCUGUGGCGCACGCUGCGGAAGACGGUGUCGGCCCACGGCCGCGGCGGCCCCGACGGCGGCGGCGCCGUGAGCUCGUACAUCGACGCGGGCGGCGAUGCGGAGGAGGGCGGCGGCGAGAAGUUCCUCGCUCAUGCGACGAAAGGGUCGCCAGGGGAGGAGAACAACGCUCGCGUGCCUUCGUGA